CAUAAAUGUGCGAACGUUGAAGGCAGCCAGUUUGAAUGUUGCACGUGGUUUCAGUAUUCGUAUUCGUUGGUAGCAUUCAACUUCCGACUGGUCAGUGACUUGAGAUUGUUUAGUUAGGACAGGGUUUCCACCAUGGGCGAGCUGCUGUAUCGGUUAAAAAUAAAAUUUGCAAAACGAAAAUAAAGGGGAAUACAUAAAUGCCUUAGUAUAAAAGAAAUAAAUACGAACGUUAUCAUAUGAUCGUGAAUAGGAUUUGUCAGAGCGAGCGUUGAAGCAAUAGGAAAUUUUCCAAUCGUAGUUAUCAUUGAUUUGUGUGACGACUGUGAUACUGCCCGGGCCCCAAAACUGAAGCAGUGGGUAUUUCAGGGAACCACUUCCCGAGCCUUUGACCUAAAGGUUUAAUCCACAAGGCAGUGGAGCAACGUUAGGCGAUGCAGUCCCAUGGUGGCCAGUGACCAACAAUAGUCUCAUACGCCGUUUGUUUCCUUAUGAUCCCGGAGCCCAUGUGCACCAUUGGUUUGGAAUUAGGGUUUUCCAACUCCGCUAGGUGGAUCCUGCGUGUCCACUAAUCUGGUGAAAAUGCCGGACAUUCGCUUUUCGUUCUCUUGAUUUUGUAAACAACAACCUCGCCUCGAGAAGGCAAUGAGUAGGACGUCCCUGACAGUUGCUGUAUGCACGUGGCUAUGUGAGUACAUUUCGAGAAGGAGAGUAGACUCUCUUCACCCUCGGUCGUAUCAGGGCAUUUGGAGGUAAGUGCCAUGUACCACAGUUGAUUCAACUGAGUACACAAAUAUGUAUGUGUUCACUAACUAACUAGCGUACUCACAUCCUGCAGAUUCAGCUUUUUUAGAGCUUAACGUACUAACAUCUAAAGAUAUUUUCUGGUUUAGUGUUUGAUCAACCCAUUCACACUUUUUGUAUAUCUUUUCCUAUUUUCGUAUGACCCGACGCUGUUUGUAGUUCGAUAUCGCGAUUAUGUUUUUAUUUAUUUGUGUUUUCGCUUACAUUCUUUUGGGUAUUCCAGUUGAGAAUUCUCAAUUCCUCUCCUUUAUCCUCUGUUCGGAUAAUUUAAUAAGUGUGUAGAUUACAGUAAUUUUCUACCUUACUUGUUAUACUCCUUCAGUACGUAGCGAAUUUGAGCAUAUUAUUAAAGCAGCUAUUACAGAAGUGCUCAAACUUUUUGACAAUCUCCGUCAAGAAUGACUGUAUAUACUAUUUUCUAUCUUUUUUGUGAGGAAACUGCAUGUAUAUGGUUCAAACAACAUUACAUAUGAUUACUAAUCGCCAUUUAAUAUUGUGCAACUUCAGUGCCGUCGUUGUUACCAAAAAAGGUUUGCUAUAUGGGAAAGAAUCAUGAUACAUUUGAUAUUCAUCUUCUUCAUAUCCCAAAUAUGUCACAAUUUAUAUCAAAUUCUAUGCAAUAAUCAACUGUCUGACGUUUCUUUAAUAUAAUCCUAUGUCAUACCUUACUGACUUUUAAUGUGUCAAACGAUUUUUUGAUCACUUGAAUUGUACCCGUUCAGCUCAAGUAAUGUUACUCUAAUCCACAUGAAGUGUUCUUGAUCAGUCAUAAAUUUUUGUGAUUCAUGCUUGUCUGAUUAAUAAUGACUUGUGACCUGAUUCAGUAGUAUACUGGUACGAAUUACUACAAUUUCCUUCAGCAAAUUAAGGGAAAAUAAACAAAGAAGUGACUAUCAAUAAAAGUAAGUUGAAAAUAAGGAAAUAAAAAUAUAAAAACCAAGUCACAAUAAAGUAUGAAGUAUGUAUAAUAGUUUUAUUCAUGUACAUCUUGAUGUUGAUUGGCAGUUUGUAGCGUAGGGUGUAUUUUUCGAAUCCUUUACUUUUUAUUACGUUUGACAUAAAGAAAAGUCAUUGUAUACUGUGCUCUCUCAUUUCAGAGAAGACAGUUGCUUCCAUAAUGGCAAUUCCUGAUGAAGUAUUUGAUCUUGUUUCAAAAGUUUCGAAUGGAAAUGGAAAUAUGGAGGAUUAUGAACGCAUUUGUUUGAUUCUAUCUAAUCUGACAACUACAGAACUGAGUUCUGUUUUUCAAAAAUGUGAUAUUUUAAAAGCAUUGAUGUCGAUUGAUUUACAUGACAAACAGUCUGCUCAAAUUGCGAUUAAAUUAGCUUCCAUUGUAUUCUCCCUCAUACCUUUAUUUGACUUUGUUCAAUCUCACCAAGAAGAGCUGCUUUUAAUACUUGAAUCGACGAAACUCGAUUUGAUUGAGUUUAUUUUGAAAAGGCUAAGAGCUGGUGUAGUUGAACCUAGUUGUUCAGUAGACAAUCUACCGGAAUGCAUUUUAAAGUCAAUAACUAGAUUAGUUCUUCAUGAAAAACUUUCUUUAUCUAUGGAAGCCCAAAAUUUCCUGAUAACUUUGGCUACAAAAUGUCCUCUUGGUUUAAAAAGCGUUUUAGGGCCCAAUGUAGUCGGUACAUUAAAUCCACUGUGUUCUAAAUCUGAGCAUUUAAUAAGAGUUUCUGAAUUUGCUGUACAUCUAGUUUCCAAACAACCUGGAGUGUUCAAAGACGUUGAAAAUUCUGGUUUGUUUCAACCUAUUUUGGAUGGUUUAAAUUCAAGAGAUCCUCUAGUCCGCUUGAACUGGUUAGAAUUAGGGAAAUUGUUGACUGUUUCAGAGACGGGUUAUCACUUUCUGAAUAGGCAAGGUGUGUUCUCUAGAUUAUUGGACGAUUUGUAUUCUUCUGCUUCGGAUCCAUUAGGUGAUUUACUACUUCCAGGUGAGUUUGAAUAUAUGGUUUUUUCGGAAAAUCCAAGGACUUAGAGAGUAUAUCUAAUUUCUACAUAAUCAACGCAACUAUUAAAAUAAUUAAUUGCUUCAUCAGUAUUAAAAUCAACGCAUUUGCGAUACAGAAUCCUAUUCAUUUACCUCUAGAUUUUGCAAGAACGCAAAUAGUUCUCUUAUCGUGACCACACUGCCCAAAAUUUAUUAGUGCGAUUAUAACCUAUCUAAUCCGCCUACAUAAGUUGUGGAAAGACGAAUAGUGUAAGAAAAAGAUAGUAAGAGAUCCUACAGACAAGCAUACACAUGUGAGACGUUAAACGUAGAGAAAAUAUGUAUCAGUGUGAGUUAUCACACCUUAAAUCAGUUCAAUAUAAAUAAACAAACAAAAAAAAUGAAAAUCUUACUGCUAACAAACAGUAAAAUGAAGAACAACAAGAACAAACGUUAGAAGAGACGAAUAAAAUUAUGGUCAAAACUUGUCUAAUAAUAUUAUGUUCAGGAUAUAUAGAAUAAUAACUGUAGCUGGCUGAUUUACGGUCGUUUGACUAAAAGCCACCAACCUUAGGUUUUGAUUACUUCACUUGGAAUCUAAACCUCUCGAUGAGACCUAUAUCAACAGUUGAUGACAUCAUGUUUUGAUGCAAUGGCUUGUUAUAGGAACCACUAACGCAUUUUCAACCUACUUCUGUCCUACUGUUAGUAACACCUUUUGGCGUUUUGUUUCGCUGCAUCCAUAAGAGAAAGGUUCAUGUCUUCACCAACUGAUUUAUGAAGACAUACAUAAAAUAGAGAUUGUAUAUAUAUACUAAGACCAUUGGUCGAUUUAGAGAUAUCUUUAGAAUUGUAACUUUAAGUGGUGUUCGAUAGGAUAAUUCACUAUCAGAAUUUUUAUUUAACUUCUUCAUAAGCAAUCCUUCGGGGAUAACACUUUCUUCGUCUAACUUUCCACGGAUUCAUCCUUAAUCGGCUUAGAAUACGUAAAUAGGAUAUUCGUAUUUGGUAAGGUUACUGAUAAACUGUAGCCUUCUGAUUGUCCUGAGACAUAAUCCGAACAUGUUCGGAGCGCGUUUCUCUUCCUCUUAGUUCAAAAUAUUGCUUCAGGACUGGUUUAUGUCAUCUCCUAGAUUGAUCAUAGGGUAUAAAAUUGUCAUUUAUUAUUAUUUUGGAAGUCUUAUCACUUCUAGUGGGUUGGUGUCUGACAAAAUGUAUGCAUAAAUUCAGAGACUAGCUUGGUUUUCAACAUGUUCCGCUUGUGGCUCAGGCGGAAUAUUUGUAUCCCAACAAAAAGGCGAGUAUGCUGUGCAGUAAUUUGAUCUGCCUUUUUGUGGCUGUAAGAUGCAGUCUUAACAAAACAUCAUCCAGGCAACACGAACCAUAUUUAAACUUCUACAUAAUAUAAUCCUUGUUUUAUAUCAGACGUAAAUGUUUUAUACGAAUCCCUAUCACCGUCUUUUAUGCAACCUGUACUAUGUAUUAUCGUUUUUGGUCUCAUGUAAUUUGUGAUUAUUCGCUUUUUUUUUGAAAGUAAUAGUCUAUCAAUUUCAUUUUUCUUAAAAGGAUAUAUUGGAUUUUUGGUAGUCUUGCUAAGCGAGACCCUGACCAUUGGUUAGGGUCAAAAAGCGAUGGAAGGUUUAAGAAUGUAUUAUCAGAUGCGGUCGAUAAUAAUGCUAUCAGUAUUUCUAUGGUGGCAUUUGAAUCUAUUAGCUGUAUAGCGACUACACCAACAGGUCGGAUUACCUUAGAUAAGUUAUUUGGUGAGUAUGAUUAAAGUUAUUUUGUCUCACUUCAUUCCUCGACGUUAACUGUUAGUUUUACUGUACAGUACUAUUUGUUUUCGUGUCAGUUAUGAUAGUAGUCUUUCGUUACUGUAAGUAAAUUUUUUAAUAAAUACCCCCUUUGUAUCACAUAUUUAAAUUACAAACAUUUUUAAUAAUUCGAAUCAAAUCCAUCCGAAAUAUUUUCACUUUAAUACCGAGAGAGAUAAAUACAGGGUUAAUGUCACAUUGAGAAUACCAUUACCCACUGGGGUUCCUUUCCAACUUGAAUACUAAUUUCUAUUAUUAUACAAUCGUAAGUAUCAUUCAUGAUGACUGAUUUCGUGUCAAUCGUCUAAGUAUUUAAACUUUAGAAAUCAAUGGACCAUAUGGUAAAUUCUUCUCAGGUUAUUCUAGUCAAAACGUUUGAGCUAGAAACGUCAUUUCUAAAAAACAAUUACUCACUACCAUCGUUUUUGUCUGAGAAAAAAUUAAAACAUUUUUACACCAUAUCGUAGAUAAGUUAAGUGAUAAUUUGAUCAUUAGUACGUGAACUAGGGGUGUGACAAUAAAUUAUCUAUUUGUAGACACAGUGCAUUUACUAUGCUCAUCUGUUUAUUGAUCAAACCUUUAAGAUUCGUCCAAUUUUGAUUUUAGCUAAAGGUGGCUCAUUUGAUAGUGUUUUGAACAAGCUUUUUGUAUUUAUUUCCAAUUCACCAACUGAGAUAUGCACUAGAGCUGUCGAAUGCUAUAGUUUUCUUCUACGUCGACCUGAUGGGAUAGAUUCAGAAGGCUUAUUUGCCGAUGCCGUACUUUCUCUUAACUGGGCAAUAAUUUCUUGUCAAAAAAGCAUUGAUACAACAAAUUCCAAUUCAGUUGAAGAUAAAGAAUUAUUAAUUGCUCCACUACUGAAACGCCUUUAUUCUCUUGCAACUCAACCAUUUUUUGAGGUGCGUGUAGCAGUAUUCAAAGCUAUCGAUGCGAUUGUAACGCAGCCCUGGGGAGUUCGACAAAUAACACGACAACCCGGAUUUUUCGAAUAUUUGCUUAAUCGUCAAACGGAACUCGGAUUUCCAGAUAAAAUACAACUUGUGCAAGCCAAAUUAGACAUUAUGAACAAUAUGCUGAAGACAUACAAAGUAUGGAGUUGUAGUGAAUGUAAAUCAUUCCAAAAUUUGAUUGAUAGACAACAGUUGAAACUAAUACAGCUUUAUAUAAAGGAAGGAUUAUGGGGUGUUGUAAAAUCUGAGGCUGCGGUGGCUCUUGAACCUGGCUAACUAAUUGAUAAUGUAAAGAAUGUAAACGAUAUAUGCAAACAUAUUUUUCUUUUUUGUUGGUUGGUUUUCUUAAAUGUUGUGAUUCUUAACUUCUAGUGAUAUGAUUCACAUAUCAAUUCUUUAAAAUAAGAAAUUUUUACAACA